UAGAGACUCAACGUGAGAAGUGGGUACAUUUUCUGCAUGCAGUUAGGACAUACUUGUUUCGUACAACCAAGAUAUUGGUACAAUUACAGUAGGUCCAUGGUACAAUAUUGUUUGUGCUUGCAUGACUUGACUGUUGGCUUUCAUUACACAUUAGCCGAUCACACUGUUAAGCUUUAUUUGACAUUGAAUAUAUUUGUCGUGUUUAAAGUAAUAGCCAGAAAUCCGAUAUUUGCACCAAUGGCUGAGAAGGCUGAGGAAGAGAAAGCUCCAAGCUCUCCAGAGAACCUGACGUGUCCACUGUGCCUUGAUAUCUUCGACGGGGCAACAAUCCUGACUUCAUGCGGUCACACCUUCUGUCGGAAAUGUCUCAAGAACUAUGACCUUUCCCACCUGGAUCUCGAUCACAUGAUCUGUCCUCUCUGCAGGAAUAUCACCAAGUUGACUGCGAACCGUGUCGAUGAUUUCCUCACCAAUGUGACGGUCAACGGACUUGUAGACGAUUAUCACGCCAAGUGUGGAGGGAUGGAUGCUGCCCAAGAGAUGCGUCCAAAAUGCACUGCAUGCAAGUUUCAGCGAGAUGCUGUAUCAUUCUGCAGAACGUGUAGUAACUACAUGUGUGAAAAGUGUUUGGAUUGUCAUCAAAAGUUGACAGUCGUCUUUGAAGGUCACGAGAUUGUAUCCAUACAGGAUAUCAUCAACGGGAAGGUCAGCGUUGGUCAUCUAUCUGAGAAGUGCUGCAUCCACAAACAAGAGAACAAAGAUAUGUUUUGUGAGGAAUGUAAGGUCCACGUCUGUCUCAAGUGUGUGAUCGUCGGUCAUCAAAAUCACAAAAUCAAGAAUCAGACUGAUUUCGAGCAGGAGUUACGGCUUAAGGUGAACGACCUAGUCGAGCGUUGUGCCACCAUGAAAUCAGAACUGGAGAAGAACAUUCAGAAUGUGGAAGUACAACGCCAUGAAGUAUACACUGCAGUGCAGAGAUUACUAGACGAUGUCGGUCAAGCCUACAGCAUCAAGGCCAAAAAGCUUAAAGAAAAUCAUCGAAAUCUCAUCGAGCGCAUCAAUGCAGUAAAGCGGAGUUUCGAUGACGACCUCAACAUCUUGAAAUCCAACGAUCUAAAGAGAAUCAAGAGUAUUUGUAGUUCAAUUACACUGGUAGAUAAUGACAGACUGGGUCAUCUUGAGACAGACAGUCUGUAUGCUCAUACCUUGCUCUGUGAAGAGCUGGAUGCCAUGCUGAAGAAGGCUACUGAUCGCACUUCUGCGGCAGCCAUUAAGAAGAAAGCACAGGAGAAGAGGUUCAAGCCUGCAGAUGAUACCCAUCUUGACCUCGGGAGCAUCUCAGAAUCAACUACUGAUCGCACUUCUGCUGCAACCAUUGCGAAGAAAGCACAUGAGAAGACGUCUAAGCCUGCAUGUGUUACUCAUCUGGGCAUCGGGAGCAUCUCAAAAUCAGUUCCCAAAUUGCAAGUCAUUCGGUGUGUUGGACUACGGGGAUCGAUGUGGGGUAUGACCCCGUACUCUGACGACAGUGUAGCUAUCGGAUAUUAUGGUCAACAUCAUGGUAUAGAUAUCAUUGAUUCAGCUGGUAAACAGGAGCAGUAUGCAAACAUACCAAGUAACAUGACGUGUUAUGAUCUUGUGUUUCAACAAGACAGGUCGCUAUGCAUAUCGACGGGUAUUACUAAAGCACACAUAUAUUCUCGAAAUGGAUCCAGGAAAUCAAACAUCCACAUGAAAGGCAGAUCUCUCAAACUAAACAGAAGUCCAUCAGAUGAUUUCCUCAUCUCUAACAGUGCGUACCAAGUCUAUAUCUAUGACCCGACUGGAUCCACUCUCAAACACACUGUUCCAACAAAACAAAUUGUAAGUCAGGUAUCUUCUACCAGGUCGGGUUUGAUUGUCACGAGUUCAUGUUACAAUCCAAACGUGGUGACGGUCUAUGACAGGGAAGGGAAUGCUGGUAAGUCUCUACAAGCUCCACCCAAUGUCGGCAUGUAUGCUGCCGUGGAUGAGCAGGACAGGGUGUAUUUAGCAAGUGUUAAGAAUGGUAACGUGGUGAUCAGGCUCUAUGAACUUGAAGGUCUGAACCUGAAGGAGACAGUUGAGUUCAAUGUACUUAAUCUGAAGCUUAGUCAUGGUUGGUGUUACUUGGUUUCCCUCUCCUCAGACAUGCUUGCGUUUGCUUGUGACAACAAGUUGUAUUGUAUCAAGGUAUCACUGUAAUCCAUGUCACACUUAUCUAUUACCAUCAUUGCUCGUGUGUAUACCUCUCUGUUCCAGCUCUACUCUAAUAUGGGUCUGUAAUGUGUCAUAUUCUUUUGUUUAUAAUCUGAUAAAUAAACGAAUGAGGAGAUGUCCAUUCUCUCGAUAUUAUUUAGUUGCCUCCGUACAGUUGAAAUUAUCCAAUAUGAUAUAAUAACGUCCCUUUUUCGAAAGUAUAUGUUAAUGAGUAUACUGUAUACUUCUUGCGCUGUGUUAUUGUUUUCUCUUUGAAAUUUAAACAGAUGAUUGUUACUGCAAAAUCAAAGAAUAACAACGACUACAGACGUACUGUUAACAGUUUUUCGUUUUGGGUCAUCGUUUUUGCGAUUUACUCUAAUGAGUACAAGAUGAAAACCUUUCGUUGCUUUAAUCUUUGGUUCAUAGUCAAGUUGUUUGUGUGUUUUAUGAGAAAGCACAUACUGACUGAAUAUUUU